AAUACUUAAAUAUCCUCUACUUUUAAAUGAAUUAGUUAAGUGUACUGAAGAUUCUCAUUUAGAUAAAAAACUACUCAGUAAAGCUGUUGACUUAAUGACAGAUGUUGCAACUGCUAUUAAUGAAUUCAAACGUCGUAAAGAUUUAGUUUUCAAAUAUAGAAAAUCUGCAGAUACAAGUUUAUCUACAAGGAUUUCAAAAUUUACUAUUCAUUCUAUCUUGAAAAAGUCAUCAAGAUUUGGUAUGAGAUUGUCAUCAUCAAUUGGUUUGACUACUGUAACAAAAGAUGAAAUGUUUGAAGAUGCUGAGAAAACUUUUCGAAGUCUUGAGAAAACAAUUAAAAUAUUCCUGAAAGAUGUUAAUUCUUUUAAUGAAAGCAUGCAAGAUUAUAGAAUGACAGCAUUAAAUGUGGCUGAAGAUAUUGCAAACUUUUAUCAACAAAGAAAUGCCCAACAAGAAAUUGAAAAAUUGAGGACAACUCACUUUAUUAUAGUAACUCAGUAUUGGGAAGAUUUUAAAAUAUCAAUGGAAAGGCAUGUAAUAAAUCCACUGAAUGAAUUGUUACAAACAUUUAAUGGUCCAAGAAAUUUGAUACAGAAGCGGUAUGACAAACUGUUGGAUUAUGAAGCAUGUACAAAUCGAUUAGAACGUAACAAAGAUGUGACUAAACAGAAAACACUUUGUGAAGAACAGCAGUUGAUGAAAAAUACAUAUGAAGCUCUAAAUAGUCAACUUUUAGAUGAAUUACCAAAAUUAUGUGAAUUAUCUACUGAAAUUUUAAAUUUCAGUGUAAUAGCUUUCCUUCAAUUGAGAAAAACUUUUCUUGGGCGUGUUGCAAAACAAAUGAUUGAACUAACAGAGCUUCCUUUGAUCAUUGGUAAUAGAACAGAAUUUUUAGAAACAUUUCAAGUAAAACAUAAUUUGGCAUCUGCAAAACUAUCUGAUUUUUCUUCUGAAAUUCGCCAGAUAUUUGCAAGUAAUUCAUCUUUGUUAAAAACUGAUACUUUAACAAAGAAGACUGACACAUUGACAAAGAAGACAUCACCAACUGCACAUCGUUUAAGUUUAGGUUCAUCACCAUUGAAUACUCAGACUGAAAGUCAACGUACUUACCUAAAGUCUCAUUAUUCAUCAAACAGUUUGUACAUAGUUAGAGAUUCAUAUGUGGCAACUGAUAUCUUAGAUUUAUCAGUUCAAAAAGAUGACAUUGUUAGAAUAAUUAAGAAACAAGACCCAAUGGGUAAUUCUCGCAGAUGGUUUGUAGAUAAUGGAAGUGUUCAAGGAUUUGUACCUGUUAAAUUUCUUUCAAAAUUAAAAAGUGAUGAUGAUUUUAAUAUCUCUAAUAAGAAAACUAAAGUCAAGAAAAGCUUUAAUUCAUUACAUCCUAUACAAUUAAGUCAAGAUAUGCAACAUACUGACAUUACUCAACCGUCAAUAAAUAACUGUUACGAAGAAAUCAGUGAGACACAAUUGGAAAGCAACCAUCAAAAAGAUUUAAUUGAUAUGUCAAAUGGUACCAAGAGAUAUUGUAAUGUGCCAGUAAAUGAAUUUGAUCCCCUUGCUUCGAAUCCUAUUAGGGAAACUGGAGACGAUUUGUACGCAGCUCAUCGAUACGAAGUUAUUCCAGAACUUGGAACUGUUAAUGUUCCAGAAGAUCAAGUUUCUCCUGAGUAUUUUUAUGCAGCAUAUCCCUUUAAUAGUCAAGGAGAUCAUCAACUGAGUUUAACUCAGGGCCAAGUUGUCUUAAUACAUCAUAAGAAUGACUUACAUGGAAAUUCCGAAUGGUGGUAUGUUGAAGAUCGCUACGGCAAUACUGGUUAUGUACCUGCAAAUUAUCUAAAGCGAUAUACAGGUAGCUGAAAUUCUGCAUUUGGAAUUCUCUCAAGUACUUCAAUAUUGUAUAUUUUUUAUUAUUACCUGACAGAAGAUAAAUGUCACUAAUGCUCUACCAGAAAAUUGAUUGCUAGUCAUAAAUGGAAAUUUUUUCCAGGCACGGUAAGGUGUGUUGUUUGUACAAUCGACAGCCAUUUAAUGAUUGUAUAAAUCAUGUAAAGCCAAUCAUUCAAUUAAUGUACAUUUAAUGUUUAAUUUUGUAUUUAAUAUCCCCAAUAUUAUUUGUUGAGUUAUUAAAACUCGUGGAUUGAAGAAAACGAAACAGUUCUAUUAAUUGACAAAAACCAUCUUGAUUUA